AUGGCCCGCUGGAUACUGCUUUGGGCGAUUUGCCUUCUCUUGGUGCCACCGCCUGCUUCCUCGCGAAUGAACACCUGUGGGCCCAUCACCAGGAGCUAUGGUGAUUCCCUCCGGCUCGGCAGCAUCACAAGCGCGGGAAGACAUGCCUUAGGCACCUUUCGAAACGCAUCUGCGAUGACGCAUCGCAACGCCCGCUUUCGUGUGUGGGAGGAGCGGCACGAAGCCAAAGACUCGGCGAGUUCCGCAUGCCGGAAGCACGAUUACGGCUUCCGCCUGCCAUCUCUGGUCGAGCGAGAGGAGACGGUUGUGCUGUCCAUUCAUUUGGGCCAUGACACGCACCUCGUGCUAGGCAUUGGUGGGGAGAUUCAGUGCAUUCUUGAGCUGGAGAGAUACUUUGGCAAGCGCUACUACAUGAUCAUGGGCUACGGCAACCCUAUGCACAGCCCUGCCAACCGGGGAUACCGAGAAGAGUGGCUUCAAGCUUUGCGCGUCCUCCGCGAUCGCUGUGAGUGUGCUGGGCGCAGCAAAUGUCCAACCGAGAUGGACUACGCUGUCGUGGUGGAUGCGCCGGGAAUGCUGGAUAUGCCCGACCUGGUGGAGCAAAUCUUCAAAGUGAAGGAGUGGCGUUACAUCCACCACCACGACGGCCAUGCCCUCUUCGGCCAUAUCGCUUCGCCAUUCUCCAGAUCUCUCGUCGUCUCUUACGAUGGCGGUGGCGAGGACGGCGUAUAUGUGGCGUAUUAUGGCGAGGGGAACAACAUCCACCGAAUAGGCCGGCUGGAUGCGAACUUCGCAAAUGCUUACCAUAGCCUCACCCUCCUCAUGACGGAGAUCUACCCCGAAGGGAAGACUGUCCUGAAAUGGCUGUGCGAGCGGCUCGAGACCGAGCCAAAGACGCCCUGGUUUCCCUACCGCGUCGCGCGGCCGAGCUACAACUUGCUGGCAGAUGCCGGGAAGGUCAUGGGAUACGCUGCGUUUUCCCGGAGCGUUCGGAAUCCCCGCGUCCAGCGGGGCGUGGCAAAGCUGAUGAGCAAAAUGCUCGGAGGUGCAUCGUUCGAUCCCGCUGCCCGGAACGAGUCCUUCUCUUGGAAGGGCUUCGUUCCCAGGGAGCUAGUUGAGCUCGCUUGCGAGUCGCUGCAAAACCAGCAUGACAUCGCGGCAGAGCUCCAGCGCCAGUGGGAAGAACGAAGCAGGUCUUUAAUACAAGACCUCCUGGAACGCUUGACUCCGCAUCACAAGGCCAACCAGUACAUCCAUGACUGGCUGGAAAAUACCAGCGAGUACAACGAUGUAGGCGUCUACAUCCCUCCUGCUCCUAGCGACUGCGGCGUUGCAGUCGGCGGCAUGUAUUCCGUCACUCCCCCAGCGCAUCCACAGAAGCUCCAGUAUCUGGGCUUCCGUCUUUGGGACGAGGACACGUUGGAGGUCGAGGCAAAGAAACGUGGAGCCCAGCAACUCCAGGCGCUUGGUGGCGUGAGCUACCUCGCUGAGCUCCUCGCAGGGGGACCAGCCUGGUCGAAAGACCAGAACCGCACGGAGAAGCCCGUGAUCGCUGUUGUCCGCGGUCGCCAGGAGUUUGGUCCGCGCGCGCUGGGUCAUCGCUCGCUGCUGGCUAUUCCGGAUUCGGUGGCCAUGAAAGAGCGCAUGAACCGCCUGAAAUUUCGCAAGUGGUAUCGGCCAAUAGCCCCCAUGAUUGCGGACGAAGCGCUUGUUCAGGUCUUCGGCAGUCCGAUCAAGGCUCCUUUCAUGGAGAAGGCGCCGAAGGUUCGCGAGGAGAUUCGCCAAAAGUUCCCGGGCAUGGUCCACUUCGACGGCACUGCGCGACAUCAGUCCGUGGGCGCGUCGGAGGAGCCCUGGAUCCACCAGCUCCUCUUGGCAGUAGGCAAUCUGACAGGGUUGGCCGCCCUCAUCAACACGAGCUUCAACACACGUGGAAAGCCGAUCGUGAACACGGUGAGGGAAAGCCUUGAAAUGUUGGACACUCUGCCCGACCUCGACUAUGUCCUCAUCGAGGACUACUUGUUCAAGGCCCCGGUGGCAAAGCUGCCCAUGAAGCACUAUGACGUUGAUGCACCAGCGAGGGCUAUCCUCGUCGACAGCUAG